GUGUCCUGGGUCCCCUCAGACGUUGAGUUUGACGAACGCUUUGACAAGUACUUGGACAAAGCGUUUUUCCAGCACAAGAUACACUGGUUCUCUAUCUUCAACUCGUUUAUGAUGGUCAUCUUCCUGGUGGGGUUGGUGUUUAUGAUCCUCAUGCGCACGCUACGAAAGGACUUCGCACGCUACAGUCGCGAGGAUGACCUGGAUGAUAUA